CGACAACGAUACGUCUAAUAAUUAAAAAAAAAAAACAUGAGUGAAAAUCAGGAACAAGGUGCGGGAUUAGUUCCACCUUGCGUUGACUGGGAUAAUAACGAAGAUGCAGCUUCCGAGAGCUCGGAACAUGAGUCGACAGCUUCUGUGGAUGAUCGCCCCGUGUGUGCCAUUUGCGGUACUCCCUUCGACGGUCCAAUGGAAAUGGACCAUGUGCGCACUCGCAACACCGCGCCGAGCGGUCCUGCAGAUGAAAGCGUUAACCACACGCCUUCUGACCAUCAGCAGUCUGUUGGGAUCAACGUCAGCAUAGCUAUUGCCCCAGCCGGUGGACCACCAGUUACAAUUGGAUUUACUGGUGGUGAAGCGAUCUCUAGUCAAACACCCGCUUCUUUUAUCUUGACAAAUCGCCAUCCUACCAACGUCUUCGUUCAGAUUCAGCCAAAUGGCUUGACUGCUGCUCAAGGCCAGUCAACCAGUUGCAGCGAGGUGUUCAUUUCCGAAAGUGUGGUUCGUUGCCCCAUUUGCCUUCUCUUGGCCACCAAUCCCCGUGCCACCAGUUGUGGCCACGUCUUUUGCGAACUGUGUCUGCAACGCGCCCUCGAAUAUCGUAAAAUUUGCCCCACUUGCGGUGUGCCUCAGGAGUAUAUCAAUUCUCUACAAAUCUUUCCAUGAACAUAAUGUUAUAAGCCUUUGUUGCCAAUAAACUUGAAAAUUGGCCAAUAUAUAAUUAACAAGGGA